CAAAUACCGUACGGUAUGCAGUAUCCUGCCAAUGUUGCAACCAAGUCAGGGAAUUAUGGCAAGAAUAGAUACAAAUCCAUGUAUGCAUAUGACCAUUCCAGAGUGAUGUUGAAAGCUUUUCCAGAUCAUCCUGAUUCGGACUACAUAAAUGCUGCUUAUAUAAUGGGAUAUUCUGGUGAAAAUGCCUAUAUUGCUGCUCAAGGGCCUAUUGCAAACACUCUUGGAGACUUUUGGAGAAUGAUAUGGGAACAGAACAUCAAAACAAUUGUAAUGGCUACAAACCUUUCUGAGGAAGGCAAGAUGAAGUGCAUACAGUAUUGGCCAGAAGCAGGCAAAAGUGUGCAGCAUGGAAACAUUAUUGCUGUCUCCGUUUCGGAGGAUGUGUUUGCUGAGUUUGUUGUCAGACGGUUUAAAGUUUCGCAAGGG